UUGAAUUUGAAACCAUGGCGCCGGCGGUGAGGCUGGUGCUGUCUGAGGAGAAGGUCCGAGAGUGCAGCGGCCUGGGGCCUCACCGCGACCUGGCUGAGCUUCGGUCACUGUCUAUCCCUGGAACAUACCAAGAGAAGAUCACUCAUCUAGGAAACUCUCUGAUGCGUCUGACAGUCCUGAAGUCUUUGGAUCUCUCACGCAACUCCUUGGUUAGUCUAGAGGGCAUCCAGUACCUGGUCUCCCUGGAGAGUCUCAACCUCUACUACAACUGCAUCUCCUCCCUGGCAGAGGUGUUCCGGCUGCACUCCCUCGCGGAGCUGCAGGACCUGGACCUCCGGCUGAACCCCGUCGUGAAGAACGAGUCUGACUACCGCCUGUUUGUGGUGCACAUGCUCCCCAGGCUGCGGCAGCUGGAUGACCGUCCUGUCAGAGAGAGUGAGCGGAAGGCUUCCCGGCUGCAUUUUGCUUCAGAGGACUCGCUGGACUCGAAGGAAGGCUGCCCCGCUGCCUUACCGGUUGGAAGAACACAGCGCUCUAGGGCCAGGUGUGCUGACCCCUCAGCCAGGAAGUGCUUGCCCAUGGACGCAGACGACGAGGCUGUCCUGAACCUCAUUGCUGAGUGCGAGUGGGACCUCAGCAACCCCCCUGGCAGCUUGAGCUCCAGUCAGAAGGAGUGCGAGGCCGACCUCCACCACACCCAAGAAUCCAGGUGUCUGUUGAACCCUCCGUCCAUCCAGCACCAGUGUGGGGACUCUGCAAGGAGGGGCCACGAGAAAAGGAAGGGCAACUCCAGAGGCUGCUGUCCCGAGCAGCCGCCUCAGGACCAGCACUGCGGGGAGCGCCCCCCGCAGCACGGAGACCCCGAGGCCUGCCGCGCACAUGGGCUGCACGCCCACUUUGCCCCACACCCAGACUCCACGGACAUCGAGGACUCUGUCUCCUCGUCUCAGAAGUCAAGCGUGUCAUCACAGAAGGCCCUGAAUCCCGUGCCUGUUCCUGAGAAGUACAGGAAGAGGAGGAUGCCUGGCGGGCGGUUCCAGGCACCCUCCGACUGGGAGUGUCUGAGCUGCAGCCUGGAGCAGAGUCCCAGCGGGCCGGGCAGCUCCGAGGGCAGGACCCACAGGGCCUUUUCUCACUCGGAGGCUUCGGAGACCCAGGAGCAGAUAUCUCACAGCACAAGCGACACCAGAGUGCCGUCUCCCAGACCACACUCAGUCGCUCCUCCUGGGAAGAGGGCUGUGCUGGAGUGGGCUCUCCUGGAAGCGCUUCUGGACCUGGUGGACAGGCACUGGAGUGGCUGCAGGUCCCUGCAUGGUGACCAGGACUUCCUCGCUCAGGCGAGGCACAUUUUGUCGUCUGUUCAAGAGUUUGCAGCAGCUCAGGACAGUUCAGAACCUGGGAAUGAAGAAAUUAGCUACCUGGCCCUUGAAAACAAAUCCCUGCAUAACCGCCUUGCUGAGCACCAGCAGCAGUACACCACAGCACUGAGCGAGGUGACGUCGGAGCUCAGCAGCACGCGCAGAGAGAUGGAAACCUUGAGACAACAUUUGGACAAAUCUUUGGAAGAGAAUAGCAGCUUGAAAUCUCUUUUAUUCAGCAUGAAAAAAGAAGUAAAAAGUGCAGAUGCUUCAGCUGCGCUGAAUUUGCAGCUCUCCGGGACAGCGUCAGCUGUUGUUGAGGACUGUGGUGAGGCCGUCUCUCCCUGGUCAGGACUGCAGACGAGUGUGAAGCGACUGUCCGGCGAGGUUGUGGAGCUGAAGCAGCACCUGGAGCACUAUGACAGGAUCCAGGAGCUCACCCAGAUGCUGCAGGAGAGCCACAGCUCCCUGGUCAGCACCAACGAGCGCCUGCUGCAGGAGUUGGCCCGGGCGCGGGCACAGCACAGGGCGGAGGUGGAACAGAUGCACUGGAGCUUCCAGGAGCUCAAGAAGACGGUGGCCCUGUUCCCGCCCCGCAGCGCCAGCCUGGAGGGCCGCCAGUCCUGCUGACCUGCCGUCUGCCACAGCCUCAUGGCCGCACCUUCCUGUUUCUCUGCCUGUGCUUGCUGGAGAGACUCGGCCGUUCCGUAACUACCUUACGAUUCUUGAAGUGUGUUUGGGGUUUUAGCCACACUUUCUAAAAUGUCCUAAAAUGGCAGGCCUUUGCGUGUUAGGAGACAAAAACCAUUUUUUCAUCAAAUAUCCUGAGAUGAAGUGAAUGUGGUUUUCUUCCUAAGGUGAGAGAGAUCUGUGUAUGAUCAUUAAAAUGUUAAUUUUUUGUGACAAGUGGUCCUCACUGAACUCACAUAUUGUUCUGAAAAGUUAAGUUUUAAGAGUUUUAAGUGACUUUUUAAAUUAUACGUGAGUCUCUCAUUGAAUUGUUUGGUGGAAACAGGCAGCCAUGGUGGGGGAGUGGAAUUGGGAAGUUCCCAGACUGUAGAGGGACACUUGUAAGAUGGGAGAAGCACUUGAAACUGUCGUCCUGUGACGUUGACGUGUCACAGUGAACACAUCUGCUCUUGUCCUGCCUUCUGCUUGCAGCCCAUUUCUGAGAA